AUGCCUAAUUGGAGGUUCCGGUUGGAUCUUGAGCGCCUCGAACGGUUCCGUUGCCUUCACCUUCGGCGGCGAAAGUUGCCGUUACAUCAGCCACUUGUUCUACCGCGCUCCGACCUUGGGCCUCCCCUUGGAGGAGGUGGCGGAGGAUACAACUACCCCCGACCUUCGGUAGGCCUUCCUUCCGGCCCUGUUUCGCCACCCGCUACGAGCUAUGGUGUACCUGCUGGACCGGCUCCAGUCCCGACUGGUCCUGUCCAGAGGCCUUCCUCAGGGUACGGUGCCCCAUCCCAGGGAGCACCUUCUCCAUCUUAUGGUGCACCUUCGCAAGGUGGAUCAGGUGGUGGAAGACCCUCUGGCAGCUAUGGAGCACCUGCACAAAGACCAUCUUCUAGCUAUGGUGCCCCAUCUGGUGGCGCACCUUCUGGAAGUUACGGCGCACCAUCUGGUGGUGCUCCAUCAGGAAGUUAUGGUGCUCCAUCUGGUGGUGCUCCAUCAGGAAGUUACGGUGCUCCAUCUGGUGGUGCUCCAUCAGGAAGUUACGGUGCUCCAUCUGGUGGUGCACCUUCUGGAAGUUACGGCGCACCUUCUGGUGGUGCUCCUUCUGGAAGCUAUGGUGCUCCCUCUGGUGGCGCUCCUUCUGGAAGUUACGGUGCCCCAUCUGGUGGUGCUCCAUCUGGUAAUUAUGGUGCCCCUGCCCAAAGACCAUCGGGUAGCUAUGGGGCUCCAUCUGGAGGCACUCCCUCAGGUAGUUACGGUGCUCCAUCUGGCGGUGCACCUUCUGGAAGUUAUGGUGCUCCAUCUGGUGGCGCUCCUUCUGGAAGUUAUGGUGCUCCCUCUGGCGGUGCUCCGUCAGGAAGUUACGGUGCUCCUUCCGGAGGUGCUCCUUCAGGAAGUUAUGGUGCCCCAUCUGGUGGUGCACCUUCUGGCAGUUAUGGUGCCCCUGCCCAAAGACCAUCUGGCGGUGCUCCUUCUGGUAGUUACGGUGCCCCAUCUGGUGGUGCUCCAUCAGGAAGUUAUGGUGCCCCUGCCCAAAGACCAUCUGGCGGUGCUCCUUCUGGUAGUUACGGUGCCCCAUCUGGUGGUGCUCCAUCGGGAAGUUAUGGUGCCCCUGCCCAAAGACCAUCUGGCGGUGCUCCUUCUGGUAGUUACGGUGCCCCAUCAGGUGGUGCUCCUUCAGGAAGUUAUGGUGCCCCUUCGGGUGGUGCUCCUUCAGGCAGCUAUGGUGCCCCAAGUGGUGGCGCUCCUUCUGGUAGUUAUGGUGCUCCAUCUGGUGGCGCUCCAUCUGGCAGUUACGGCGCUCCUGUACAAAGGCCAUCGAGCGGCUAUGGAGCACCUUCUUCUGGUGGUUUUGGAGGUCAAACAGGUGGAUUCGGUGGUGGUGCUCAAAGGCCUUCUUCGGGAUACGGUGCUCCGUCAAGACCAUCUUCAUCAUAUGGCGCUCCUCAAGGACCUUCAGGCGGUUCCCGGCCUUCCAGUAGCUACGGAGCACCUUCAUCAGGUGGCGGAUCUUCCGGCGGAUAUAGCGGUGGUGCUCAAGCGCCUUCAAGCAGCUAUGGUGCUCCUUCAUCUGGCGGAUAUAGCGGUGGUGGUUCUUCAUCCGGAGGUUACAGCGGUGGUGCUCCAGCACCUUCGAGCAGCUAUGGUGCACCAUCUUCCGGUGGAUACAGUGGUGGCGGUGCUUCUUCAGGUGGAUACAGCGGUGGCGGUGCUUCUUCCGGUGGUUACAGUGGUGGCGCUCCUGCUCCUUCUAGCAGUUAUGGUGCACCAUCUUCCGGUGGAUACAGUGGUGGCGGAGCUUCUUCCGGUGGAUACAGUGGUGGCGGAGCUUCUUCUGGUGGAUACAGCGGUGGCGGUGCUUCUUCCGGUGGUUACAGUGGUGGUGCUUCUGCUCCUUCUAGCAGUUAUGGUGCGCCAUCUUCCGGUGGAUACAGUGGUGGCGGAGCUUCAUCCGGUGGAUACAGUGGUGGUGCCUCAACCGGGGGAUAUAGUGGUGGCGGUGCUUCAUCCGGUGGGUACAGUGGCGGUGCUUCAAGCGGUGGAUACAGUGGUGGUGCUUCUUCCGGUGGAUACAGUGGUGGUGCUUCUUCCGGUGGGUACAGUGGUGGUGCUUCUUCCGGUGGAUACAGUGGUGGUGGUUCAUCCGGUGGAUACAGUAGUGGUGGUGCUUCUGCCGGUGGAUAUAGUGGUGGCGGUGCAUCUUCCGGUGGAUACAGUGGUGGUGCUGCUCCUGCACCUUCUGGGUCUUAUGGUGCUCCUGGUGGAGGGUCCGGCGGAUCCGGUGGAAAAUUCGCAGGUCAGAGCGUUCAAGUCUUCCCUCCUGUGCCGUCCAUCAGCUUUGGACUUCCAUCCCAAACAUUCCAAGGAGGUAGUGGAGGAGGUGCCGGUCAAGGAGGUGCCACUCAAGGAGGUGGCGGUCAAGGAGGCGCCGGUGGAUACCCAUCCGGCCCGUCCUCUGGAGGUGGUCAACAAUACGCUAGCAAUGGUGGAUAUUCUUAUUAAAUCGUUGUUCGUUGAGUCUGCUAUACACAUGCGAAAAUGUGGGCCAUUUAAUUUAUUUAUAUCUAAAUGUAUCUAUCUCUUUCCUUUUGUAAAAACAUUUAUAAAACCAGCUUUAUUUCAGUGAGAGGCAACGAACUGUGAAAUGCUGCAAAGAAUUGAAUAGUUUCUGUGCCAAAUGACAAAGUUUUGAAUAAAAAGGAAUAGAGAGUAGAUGUAAAUAAAAUAUUUUUUCAAUUCUUGAUUCUUGCUGUAAUAACCGAAAUCAAAAUCAUACUACAUGUGCAAAAACAUAUGUCGAUAAUGAUUAUAAUAUAAUCAAGGUUAUGUAAUGUUAAUGUAAAUGUUGCUCCUAGCAAAUGCUACCAACUAUCAUAUUUCUGCUCUAUUCACUAAACAUGAUAUAAUUUAUUUUAAACUCUUAGAUAUAGUGUAAUUAAUAUUAUAUAAUAUCCAUGACAUUCUGUCAUAUCUGUACAAUUAUUUUUAAGUUUUUUAUACUGUAUAUUUGUAAAAGUUACCUUCAUUGUAAGAAUAAUAGAAAUUGUAUUUGUUGGCUUCAUGUUCCUAUGAUGUGUAUUAAAUCUUUUUUAUGUAAA